AUGGCACCCUCGGCCUCUUCCCAAGCGUCCACUUUGCCCUCGGAGGGCAAGAAGAGGGCAGUGGCUGCUCUGCUGGACAGUGAUGGCGAGGAGAUCGAGGUGUUGAGCGUGGCUUUAAAUAAGGUCCCAAGGACACAAAAGGAAUUGACAGACCCCAAGCCAUCCUCCAGCGCAUCAGGAAGUAUCUCCAAGCCUGUACACUCCUUCUUCUCCAAGCCGGGUAGCUCAAGCUCUACUGGUGCUGGCGCUGCUGGUGAGCGAAUUAAGUGGCUACCCAGCAUCGGAUCAGAACAGUCGUGCCUCGUGGGCGAAUUCAAGGAUGCCCUUCGAAGCGUUGCCAAGACCAGCAAGGCUUCAGGCUCGAAGCGGCAAAGGAUCGCAGCCUUCGAUCUAGACGGCAACCUCAUCGAGACCUCCUCCGGGCGAGCAGCAUACAACUUUGUCGAUGAGAACGACUUUCGAAUUUGGGGAAGGACGCCAAAAGAGAGGACGGUAGUGAAGAACAAGCUGCAUGAGGAGCACCAGGCUGGCUCUUUGAUCCUCGUUCUGACCAACCAGCUCAAUCUGGACCAGAAGGCAGCCAGGCUGAAGACCUGGAAAGCGCGACUUGGCCUUAUCCUACGCCAGCUGGACGUACCCGCUGUGGUCUUUGCUGGCACACGGAGAGAUGCAUACAGGAAGCCUGGCGCUGGAUGGGUCGAGGAAUUGAGAGCAAUGUGGAGCGCGGCGGGUGGAACGAAAGAGCUGGAUAUCGACCCUGGCAUGCCUGCCGAUCACGACGACCAGACGAGAAGCUUCUUCGUGGGCGACGCGGCUGGAAGGACUGCUGUCGGCAAAAAGGCCAGAGACUUUGCCGAUACAGACCGGAAGCUAGCACACAAUCUCGGCUGGAGAUUCUUGACUCCCGAGGAGUACUUUGCGGGCGAGGAGAAGGCAGCUUUCGAGUGGAGUGGUCAUCGUCCAGCAACCCCUCCCGCAGAUGGCUCGAGCUCAUCCAGCAAAGCAAUACUUCAGGAUCUACGUCGUCGCUUGCUAGACUCCGCAUCGACCGCAAGCAAGCCAUCAUUGGUGAUUCUCGUCGGUCCUCAGGCCAGCGGCAAGUCCUUCUUCGCCAAGAAGCUCGAGGCAGAAAGUGGUGGUCAUUGGGUGCGCGUAAAUCAAGACGCGCUCAAGACCAAGGAGAAGUGUCUCAAGGUAGCGGAGGAAGCACUAAAGGCAGGCAAGAGCGUGAUAGUGGACAAUACCAAUCCGGCAAAGGCGACGAGGGCACUGUACACUGCUCUCGGCAAGCGCUACGAGGUGGAGAAGGUCGUAUGCGUGCACUUUGACCUUACGCUGGAAGAGGCACAGCAUAACGAUGCCUUCCGCUCUAAACGGUGGCUCUUUCCCUCUCAGCUACAUGCCUCUUCGAAGGCACGGGAAGCGCUCCCACCACCGAUGCCUUCCAUUGCCUUCAAUUCGUACUACAAGGUCCUCGAGAAGCCUCAAGUGGGCGCGAGCGCAGUUGGAGGUGCAUUAGAGGAAGGUUUCGACGAGGUCCUGCGCGUAGGAUUCGAGUUCGAGGGAGACGAGGAGGAGCAAAAGGCAUGGAGGAUGUGGUACAGCUGA